AUGCGUCAAUCAAGGCGUAAUGUAAAACAGCUUAAUGACGGCCCAGAUAAACCAGGGAAGCCAAAAGAGUUCACUUUUGAUAAAGAAAGUGUGACAAGCAAAAGUGUUUGGUUAAGUUGGAAACCAGGUCCAAAACGAGGAUCGGAGCACAUGUUUAACUUGAUAUGGUACACAGACGAUGGGAAUAAAAGAUGUGUGGACAUUCCACAUAAUGGAAGAGAUGUAAUGCAUUAUAAAUUAGAACGCUUAUUAGAAGCAACGAAUUACAAUGUGAAGAUAUUUGCUGAGUGUAACACUGUGAAAUUGGAAUGCGACACGGAAGUCCGUUUUAAUACUAAAGAUUCAUAUGAAGACGAAAUUUGCUGUGAAAACUGUAAUAAAACGGGAGCUUCUCAUGCAUCACGUGCAUAUUGCUUAUUACAUGGAUUUUACUUAUGCUUGAAAUGUUUAGACAAGGAGCACACAAAUAAAGAAUGUGUACUUUUAUGGAAUACGGAUGACACAAAGGCAAAAGACCAUAGACUGUGUUGUAAAGAUUUUUACAAGCAUGAUUAUUUACAUUUGAAAGGCGUGUGUCAAACUUGCAAACUAUUCAUCUGCUCGCAGUGUAUUGAAAAACACGAACACACUGGUUGUACGAGUCACCAACAAUUACGUGGUCCUCGUAAUACCAGGGCACGGAUGUGUUGUAGACAGAACAAAACUACAGGAGGAACAGAAACUGUCGACUUUUGCAUGCAAUGCAAGACAUUCAUAUGUGCAUCAUGCUUAAAACAUCAUUGCACGCAUUUAGUUAUUUCAAACGUGACAGAUGUAAUGAAUGCAGAGACGGAAUUGUGUUGUGAACUGAAUUCUAAAGCAAAAGGACAUGAACGUGAUGACUUUUGUAUACAAUGCGAAACAUUUAUUUGUGAAUCUUGCUUGACAGGACAUAAUAAUCAUCUGUUUAUUUCUACAUUUACAG